AUGGGACAAAAAAUAAAUCCACUUGGUUUCAGACUUGGUACAACCCAAAGUCAUCAUUCUCUUUGGUUUGCACAACCGAAAAAGUAUUCCGAGGGUCUACAAGAAGAUAAAAAAAUAAGAGACUGUAUCAAGAAUUAUGUACAAAAAAAUAUGAGACUAUCUUCUGGUGUCGAGGGAAUUGCACGUAUAGAGAUUCAAAAAAGACUGGAUCUAAUUCAGGUGAUAAUCUAUAUGGGAUUUCCUAAAUUAUUAAUUGAAGAUAAGCCACGAAAACUCGAAGAACUACAGAUGAAUGUGCAAAAAGAACUUAAUUGUAUGAACCGAAAACUCAACAUUGCUAUUACAAGAAUUGGAAAUCCUUAUGGGCACCCUAAUAUUCUUGCCGAAUUUAUAGCCGGACAAUUAAAGAAUCGAGUUUCAUUUCGAAAGGCAAUGAAAAAGGCUAUUGAAUUAACUGAGCAAGCGGAUACAAAAGGAAUUCAAAUACAAAUUGCAGGGCGUAUCGACGGAAAAGAAAUCGCACGUGUCGAAUGGAUCCGAGAAGGUAGGGUUCCUCUACAAACCAUUGGAGCGAAAAUUGAGUAUUGCUCUUAUAGAGUUCGAACUAUCUAUGGGGUAUUAGGAAUCAAAAUUUGGAUAUUUAUAGACGAAGAAUAA